UCUGAGUCAGAUAAAUUGCUCUUCUUGCUAUGUAAGAGUAAAACCAUCAUUUUGUGCUAGUGAAUUCCAUUCUUUACGAAAAUAUACAUCAAUCUCAUCCAAAAUGGCAGAAUCCAUCCUAUCCUCUGCAGUGCGUAAUAUAGGUGAAUUGCUAAUUGAAGAAGGAAAGUUUCUACAAGGCGUUAGCGAGCAAGUCAGACUCCUUCAUGACGAUCUCAAAGGGAUACAAAGGUUCUUAAGAUAUGCAGAUACGAAACAGACUGCAAGGGACGGUGUACAACAGUGGAUUCCGGAGUUUAGAACUGUCGCUUAUGAUGCAAGUGAUCUGGUUGAAGAUUAUGCUUUGAGGCUUUCAAUUUCAAGCAACGGAGGCUUUACAAGUACUCUAAAGAGGAUUCCUUGCAUCGCCACAAAGGGUUAUACCCGUCACGAUUUGGGCGUAAAGAUUCAAAGUCUCAGAACUAGGAUCUCUAAUCUCACCAAAAAUUUUGGCGAGUAUGGGCAUGUAAUGACCAGAACGGAGGAAGGAGAGUCGAGUGAUACGUCCAGGCAGCAACAAUUAAGGCACACUUACUCCUUUGUGGCCGACGAGGAUGUGGUUGAACUGCCUGAUGAUGUUGAGCAGCUGGUUAAAUAUUUGCUGAAUGAGGUGGCAGAGCGCAAAAUAAGCGUGGCUUCGAUUUACGGCAUGGGUGGUAUAGGCAAAACGACUCUUGCUAGAAAGGUAUAUCACCUUAAAAGAGUAGAGCAAUAUUUUGGAGGUCGUGCUUGGGUUUGUGUGUCACAACAAUGGCAGCCAAAAGAUCUCUUCCAACGCAUUCUACUCAAGCUUAUACCUGAACAGAGCAAUGAGAUUAUGAUGAGCGAAAAAGAUAAUCUAGCAAGGCAGCUUCAACAGCACUUGCAAGCUAAAGAUAGGAGAUGUUUGAUAGUCCUCGAUGACUUUUGGUCAACAGAAGCUUGGGAUUGCUUAAAAGACGCAAUCCCAGUUUCGGAGCAUGGAUCCAAAAUUGUGCUCACAACUCGUAAUAGAGACGUUGCGGAACAUGUUGAUCCAAAUGGUUAUCACCAUCAACUGCGUCUUUUGACCAAUGAUGAAAGUUGGGAAUUGCUACGCAAGAAAUCACUGAGGGGGAGAAGUGGUGAAGGUUUGGAAAAGGUAGGGAAGAAAAUGUUGAAAUACUGUGGGAAUCUUCCGUUGGCCGUGGUGGUUCUGGGUGGAAUUCUUAGAACUAAAACAACCCUCAGCGAGUGGGAUGAAGUGCAUGAGAAUAUCAAAUCCUAUUUGGAUAAGGGAGAAAAAAUUGGAAAAGAAGGAGAGGUGCCAAAGGUUUUAGCUUACAGUUACUACAACCUCCCUUGGCAACUAAAACCAUGUUUCCUUUACUUGGGUAAACUCAGGGAAGAUUUUGACAUUGGAGUAGAGAGUUUAUAUCAGAUGUGGAUAGGAGAAGGUAUGAUAUUUGAGAAUGAUAGGAGGGAGCAAGAAACAAUGAUGGAGGUUGCCGAGCGUUACUUGGAAGAUUUAGCACACAGAUGCAUGGUUGAGAUUAAAGUACAUGAGGAGGGGAAGCAUGCAGUAACAAGGUUGGAGUCAUGUCGACUUCAUGAUCUUAUGAGAGAUCUAUGCUUAGUCAAGGCAAAAGAGGAGAAUUUGUAUAAGCUGGUCGAUCGAACUACUUCACGAGAUUCUCCCCUUGCAUUUGAAGCACAGUAUGGUUUAGUCCUUCAUUUGCUUCCAGAAGAUAUCUCUGAAUACAACUUUCCGCCAAAAGAACAAACUAAGCAUCUUCGCUCAUUCAUGUGUGAUUCAUUGGUAGGCAAAGGGACCUAUUCUAAUCCAGGGGUGAGAAUAAUGUCCCAAGUCAAGAAUUUGAAGAUGCUCAGAGUUUUGACAAUUUUAUCCUUUGAUAUGGCCUCCCAAAGUUGUUAUCUCAAAUCACCUCUGAGAUAUGUCGUUAAGCUUAUCCAUUUGAGAUGUUUGAGAUUGAGAGGUCACAGAAUAAACUUGCCAUAUUCCUUGGGCAAUUUAAAGUAUUUGGAAACUCUCGAUUUAUCUGGUAGUUAUCGUUGUAGAAUACCGAACGUGCUAUGGAAAUUGGGAUGUUUGAGAUAUCUUUAUCUUUCGGACUGGUGGUGGUACUCUCAGCCUAAGCUGCGGUUGAGCAAGCAGCUGGAGAUACUUGAAUCAUUUAGCAACGGAAUUUGCAAUCCUGAAGAAGUAUGCAAAUUGUCGAAUCUCAGAGCUUUCAAAGCAACAGUGUAUAAAAACUUUGAGGACUUGGAACACAUCAUCAAUCAUAUAUCAAACUUGGAUUGCAUACGUAUUAGCUCACUUACAAUCAAUAGUUGUGAUUUUGGCCGGACCAACUCCAACAAUUCCAAUGACAGCAACGGUAGUUUGGAUAUUCUUUCAAGGGUGUUGUUUAGUAGGAAUAUUCAUGAAUUAGAGAUCGUGAAUAGUUUCUGCAAAAAGUUACCGGAUUACCAAUCCCGUAUGUCUCCUGAUCCUGCAGGCCUUACUGAAUUAAGGCUGCAGUGUACUAAAAUUGAGGAAGACUCAAUAGGAACGCUCGAGGAGCUUCCUAACUUAAGACUGCUGGAACUUGGGACAUAUUCUUUUCUGGGCCAAGCAAUGAUCUGCCAUUCAGGGGGAUUUCCCGAACUAAAACAUCUCAGGCUUGAUAGUUUGGGUAACUUAAAGCAGUGGAUGGUGGAAGUAGGGGCCAUGCCUAACCUCUCAAGUUUAUGGAUUGAGCGGUGUAGAGAAUUGGAAAUGAUUCCAGAUGGGCUGAGAUGUUUAACUACCCUAAAAGAGGUAACUCUUGUGCAAAUGCCUGAAGAAUUCAACAAUAGAAUUAGGAGGGUGAAUGGUCAACAAGGAGAAGAUUAUGAUAAAAUAAGCCACGUGCCUUCAGUUAAAAUCCACAGAUUGGUUGGCGGAAUAAUAGGUUAUCAAGUAGAAACUGUUUGUCCAAGCAAUCCUGUUUGACCAAGCCCCGGGUCUUGCCUUAAGAAAAUUCUACACUGAAUCUCCUGGCUUUCCCUGAUCUCAUCCGAUUCAAAUGUGAGUUUCUGUGUCAUAAGUUUCUUUGCACAUAGCAGCUGUUAUGUGACUCCAAAUGAUCUGAAACCAGCAUGACAAGGGCCAACAAGAUUGCAAGUUGGUUAGAUCUUCUUGUGUAGCUGGCAUUUGUAUGUAUUGCGAGCAUCUUUACUUAGCUAUUAGGGAAGAUACCAAUCUGUUAUAUGAUCCUUCACUUUUAGUGUUUGACCCAACAAGGAGAUAAUGUGUGACUAUUUUUAGCUUUUGGUUUGGUUAGUC